GGGGAGGGGCAGGUAUUGUUGGUUGAUUUGGAUUUUUGGACGUGCCAAGUGUCUUGAUUCUCAAUCCACGUGAAUAAAAACAACAUUCGUUGAGAUCAAAUUGGUGUUCCAUGGGUGGAAACAGCCCGAGUCAUCUCCACCCUGCUGAUGGGGAAGAGGGAGGCCGCGUCACUUUGGUGGAGGGCAUUCGGUUGUCAGAUCGAGUCAUCAAACGAAUGAGACAUAAACUGAUCACUCCUACAUCGUCACCUCCAAGUCCUCCACCUCAUGCUGACUCCAACUCUCGUAACACCACAACCCCUAUUGUCGCAUCUCCUCCUGUGGAGCACUUGCUGCCUCUUCUGACACUGCCUCCUGAUUUCAGUACUGGCCCGCCACCUCCUUCUCAAGAAGCAACUACUGCACCCGACUCCCACCCUGGAAAACUCAGCCCUCCCUCUCGUGUCACCUUUCACUCCCCUCCUCCACCUACUCCACCAGUUGAAUAUGCACCUGCUUCUCCAGCUGAGCCCACUCCUCUUCCACCUCCAGACUCCAUUCUUCUACCUCCAGCGGAGCCUAGUACAACUCCUCUUCCUACACCUGUAGAGCCAGUACAUCCAGUUGUUCCCGCUUCUCCUCCACCACCUGUAACAUCUGUUCUUCUACCUCCAACUGAGCCUACUUCAGCUCCUCUGCCUGCACAGCCAGUUCUUCCAUGUAAACCUCCUCUUCCUGCGGAGACAGUACCUUUACAUCCAGCUGAACUCUCUGCAACACAUCUGGCACCUGUUGCGACUGUUGUUCUACCUCCAGCCGAGCCUACUUCACCUCCUCCCCCUGUAGAGCCAGUUCUUCCAUCUAAGCCCACUCCUCCUCCUCCUUCAGCAGUGGAGACCGUAUCUGCACAUCCAGCAGAGCUUACUACACCUUGUCAUCCACCUGUAGCAUCCAUUCUUCCACCUUCAUCUGAGCCCACUACACUUCCUUCUCUUCCUGCAGAGCCAGUUGCGGCUAAUCCAGAAUCCAUUCUUCUCCAUCCAGCUGAGCCUGCUAGUCCUCCGCCUUGUCCAUCACCUUUGGAGUCUGUUCUUCUCGCUCCUGUCCGCCCACCCUCUCCACCGCGUUGUUCCAGUGAGGACCUGGCUGUGGUGGCGCCAACCCAUGAGGGAACUGGCGAAAAUUUACCAACACCGCCUGCGGAAGAGCCAGCCGCCGCCCCACUGCUGUUCCCCGAUGCGGAGGAGGAUGUCGCUGUCUUUGUUUCAGCGCCGCCCCCUGUGGCAGCUGCCUCUGUAGUUAAACUGGAGGACAUUGAGAAGGACCUGAGGCAGAAAAUCAAGGAAGGCAUGGAAAAAGAGCUUCAGGAGGAGAUGGAGCGCAGGAGAACAGAGCUGCAGCUGCAGCUGGAAGCAAUGCAAGCGCAGACCCACGCAGCAGCCAAAUCGUGGGCUGAGGCGGAAGUGGCAGCGCGGGUGAAAGCGGCACUGGAGGCAGACGAGGCGGCGUACGCGGCAGACGUCAGCAAAGCCAUCGCCGAGGAGCGCCACAGGACGGAAGACGAGAGGCUGGUGAUGCAGCUUUACUGGAUGGAGGUGAAGGCUCACCAACUGGAGGAGAAGGAGAAAGCCCUGAAGGGACGAGAUGCUCUCUACAAAGAACACAUUGCCAAACUUGAAGCAAAGUGCGCCGAGUUCUACAAAGCGACUGCUGAGAGUUUCCAAAAAGGCAAAGAGGACACACACCGGCGAUUUGCGCGCUUCAGCAUCCAGCCAGUUUGUGGAGAUUUGCAGAGUCAAGUGUUGAAAUGUUACCAAGAGCACCCAGGAAAGAGUCUGUCCUGCUCCAGGAUCGCCUCUGCGUAUAUGCAGUGUGUGGAGCAAGCCAAAAAAAGUCAACCAAGCACUGCAGGUUAAGCAACAUUAUUACUACAUCUCUGAGUUUGAGACCAUUGAUGAGAGUAGCAUGUCACACUUUUCAGUUUCUUGCCGUUAUGCAGAAUGGAAGUUAUUUUGGAGCUUUUACACAGGCUGCAUUUUCUGCUUUUUGGGAUCAUCGUCAAACCAGUUGUGCCCAACACAUGUGAUGAAGUCUUUUAAAAGACUUUUUCAUUUUAUAGGCAGUUAGUAUUCUUCCAUGGAACUUUCUUGCUAUUCUAUAUCAUAUAACAUGUGCCUUGAAAAUGGGACUGGGCUCUCAAUAAACUGUUGCACAAGACCGCUUUCAGGAUCUGUCGUUGGGAUUGACUAAAUUUUCAAUUCAUGCAUUUGCACUAUUGCAUAUCUUCGAUAGAUUUUUUCCCCCCCCUCUUUGAGUUGCUGGGGGGGGAAAAACAUUUUGAUGACUGAGAGCUCUGAAAAACCUACACGUUUGUUCCUGAAUUCAGAAAAAUAGUAUGUCUACCUAGGAUUCAUAAGGCAACUGAAAUCACAAAAUAAAAGCAUGAUUUAAAAAAAUAUGGUCAUACAAAGGCAUAAAACAUGAAAAUAAACAUUUUUAGAGAACAUUAUUUGAGGAAAAGAAAUGGCAGUGGUUUAAUAAAUUAUCCUCAAAAUGCCUACUUAUUAGUUACAGUUUGGUGUGUGCAGACAUACAGUGGGGCAAAUAAGUAUUUAGUCAACCACCAAUUGUGCAAGU